GGGAAACUAGUGAGGAUGGGCUCUGCCGGCGAGCGCUCCCGCAUCCCACAGCUCCCACGGUGCUGCUGCCGAGAGGUGGGCGAGCGGCCGGCCGGGAGGAAUAGAAGCCAGCGAGCCCCCGCUGCACCCCACUGCUCACGGACAGGGUCCCCAGGAGCCGAGUGUGGCUCCGGGGUCCCACCGGAGACGACUCUCCCAGCCGGCUGUCGCUGAAGGCUGGAUUUUGCGGUUCCUCUGCCCGGUCUCCCACGGGCGCAGGUGAACGGAUUCGGCACCCACCGCACUCUCAGACACCCCAAAAGUUUCUUCACAAUGACUGCUGGCCUGGAGAAAGCCUGCCACCGGUGCAUAUCUAAAAUUGCCAGCAAUGCAUGCUUUAUAUUUGGGCUCCUCGCUUUCCUUGCCUUACCACUGUCCAUGACUUUUAUAGGAAUGAAGUUUUUGGAAGAUUGCCCAGUUCAGCCACUAAUUCCAUUAUAUCUGUUGGUGGGUGGCGUGAUUGGCAGCUUAAAGGUGACUCUCCUGCUGUACGACUCAACCAGGAUGAGGCAGCUGCUUUCCAAGUCUGUUGUGAUUGAUGAUGAUGACGAUGACGAAUAUCCCUGGAGGCAGAAUGCUCACAAGUACUACAUCCAUCUAACCCUCAGCCUUUUCCUCUUUCUCUGGUUCAUUCUUGGGAACUACUGGGUUUUUUCUGUGUACCUGCCAAAUUUCAUCCCACCUUUCCAUCAGCCUCAGGAUUACUGUGACAAAACCCUGUACAUUUUUGCUGUUGGUGUCCUCGUUAUUAGCCAUACUGUUCUCUUUCUCCUUAUCUUUUGUAGCAGCUGCUUAUAUUGCUUUUCCAGGCAAAGGUACUCUUCUGAGGAAGACUAAAUGCCACAUAAAUAAAGCCCCAGAUGUUUGGGAAAGAGUAUACAACAAAGAACAGGCAAUAAUUCACCCUUGUGUACAUCUUUGUUGUACUAUAUAUAUGUAUGAUAGCAGUCAACUGCAAGAGGAAAUUGUAAAAUACAGUGCCAUCUGGAAAUAGCUAAGCUGGAAUACAGCAUAGUCAAUGUAAAAUUGCUGCUAUAGAUGCCAGGGUGCACUCUUGCUAACUUCUACAUCCCUUUUCUAACUCUUGGAUAUUCUAGCUGGAGUAAGCUCUUGCAGACACCAAACUCCUCUAAAACCAGGUUCACUUAUGUUGUUUCAGCAUGGUACAUCUUUGCCUCUAAAAGUAGCCCUCUUCACCGGGAUCUGAACAUCUCCGUAGCCUUGCUGAGGUAUGUUACUGUCCCUGCAUUACAGGUGAGGGAGCUGAGACAAAGAGAUAAAGGGCUGUAUCCAGACCACCUUGCAUGGCCCAUGGACUUUGACAGUAACUUAGAUGCUCACCAGAGAGCUAUUCAGACCACUGUUAGACCAGCCAGUAAGUAGCUAUGAUAACGAUACAAGCAUGUAUAAAAGGCAGCCUGAAUAUGGCCCCCAGGUCUCUUCUGAACUUGGAUUAGAAAGCGUCUAUACCUAACUUUGGUGCUAGAACAGAUAGUCUGAAUAUAUCCAUAUAUAUCGAAUACAUCCAAACUGAGCCAAGGCCACUUUGCAAGCCUUUGGUAGAACAAGGAACUGAGCUACUGAGUAUCAGAUCAGUGCUUUAACCAGGGCUCAGCAUUCCCCAGUCUGGGGAGACUCCUCUUCUCCACUUUUUGUAUAGCCGUAAUUUGUCAGUACCACACCAACACAAAGAUGGUCGUUCUUGGUCAAACCAUUGUGAUUGAGUUCAUAGAAAAACCCAUGUUGUGUCGGUAUUUUAAAUAUAAAACACAGUAAUAAGACAUGGGCAGGGAUGUGAGAAUUUCAGGUGGAUGUGUUCACUACAGCAGUUCUCUGGUUGUGGUGUGAGUGUACGUUUGAUUUGUUCACCUUUGUGCUGUACAUAUGGAAAUCUAUACUUAAUAGACAGAUGUAACACAAACAGCUUUUAAGUCAACAGCAGCGUCAGCUUUAAAAGCACCAGCAUGCACAGAGACAAUUGUUUUGUGACAUGUAAUGGAACAAGCCUGGUCCUGGUAGAUUGUUUUUUCAUGUGUUGAUGAAUGCAGUGUAAAAGUG